GACGCAAAGUGCAACCAGAGAGCUUAUCUCGUCAGGCUUUUCUCUGCUUCCUAUCCCCUUUAUAUCCUCACUUACCUCCUGGCAUUCCUGAAAACCCUUCUCCCCCUCUCUCUCUCUCUCUCUCUCUCUCUCUCUCUCGAUCUGAUGCCCAACACAACCACCACUACUUGAAUCCUUGAUUCUUUUCCGAGCCCUUUAUCCAUAUUUUGCAUGAUCCUUCACUCGUUUGUUCAUUGAGAAAGUAUGAGUAACACGAUGAUUCCACGAGUGAAAGUCAUGGUUUAUUUGGUCUACGACAGGGGUUAAUUCCACACACAUCUGAUCUAAUCCUUUCACAAAUUUUUCGUGCCCUCUGUUUAUCUUGUUCUAAUUCUCCUUCAAACUAAAUUGAUGGAAGGUGGUGUUGUGUUUUGUUUUUAAAACCCAUCAUCCACAAAUAAAUCCUUUUUUUCUAUCCGUUGUUUAGUUUCAGUAAGUCUUGUACACGAAAAGAUAAGAUGGGUUUGAUAACCAAAACAUGGAAGCGGUGCAAAUCAAUAGGCCGGGGUCGUCCUACUAAUUUGCAUGGAAUGGUGCCUGCUCUGACCACCAAGAGCAAGUCAUGCCCACAUAUCAAACUCGGGAUGCUUGAGGAAAAGCGUGCGAGCAAGCGCCAAGUGGCUCCUGAAGGUUGCUUUACAGUCUAUGUCGGACCCCAAAAGCAAAGGUUUGUGGUCAAAACGGAACACGCAAACCAUCCUCUCUUCAAGAUGCUGCUUGAAGAAGCCGAGUCUGAAUUUGGGUAUGACAGUCGAGGUCCCCUUGUGCUUCCUUGUAACGUUGAGAUAUUCUACAAGGUUUUGGUGGAAAUGGAUGAUUGUGGCGAGCAAAAGGUUCCUCGAGGGUGGGGCUUGGCUAAGCGUUAUGGUUCUUACAGUGUUCUUAGCCCGUCUCGGAUAGUUGCUAUCAAUCAGUUCUAGUUAUCAUGCAUGUGUAAAAUUGAUAUAGCUUGCUUGGUUGAUGAUGAUACAUAUGGGUUGAUGUAUAAUUUCUGGGAUUUAACAAUAGCCUUGUUAAAUAUUAGGAUCGGAGAGGAUGAGGAUGAAAGAAAUUCAAGCUAUGUUUGUAAUAUAUAAUUAGUUCUCAUAUAUAUAAAUCUUGUUAUGUUUUGUAA